CAGAGCCCUGUACCUGGGGCUCCAGAGCCGCUGGCAGUCGGAGCAUCGUCGGCGCCAUUUCUACUGGAGGAUGAUGUUCGAGAGCGCUGACAUCAGCAUGCUGCGGCUGUUGGAGACCUUCCUCAAGAGUGCCCCACAGCUGGUGCUGCAGCUGAGCAUCAUGGUGCAGCAGAGGUACAUCGAGCCACUGCAAGGCCUCUCCGCUUCAGCCUCGCUGGUCUCGCUAGCGUGGACUCUUGCUUCCUACCAGAAGGUGCUGCGGGACUCCCGGGAAGACAAGCUGCCCAUGUCCUACAAGGGGGCCGUGGUGCAGAUCCUCUGGCACCUCUUCACGAUCGCCGCCCGAGCCAUCGCCUUCGCCCUCUUCGCCUCCGUGUUCCAGCUCUACUUCGGCAUCUUCAUCGUCACCCACUGGUGCAUCAUGACCUUCUGGAUCAUCCAGGGCGAGACGGAUUUCUGCAUGUCCAAGUGGGAGGAGAUAAUCUACAACAUGGUGGUGGGCAUCAUCUACAUCUUCUGCUGGUUCAACGUCAAGGAAGGCCGGAGCCGGUGCCGCAUGUCCAUCUACUACAUCAUCACCCUGAUGGAGAACGCUGCCCUCACGGGGCUCUGGUACUGGCAGCGGGAUACACGCGGGUUCCCCGAAUCCAACGCCUUAAUCAUCGUCUGCGUGGUCACCUCCAGCUUCGCCUUAGGGGUCUUCUUCAUGUUCAUCUACUAUUGCCUCUUGCACCCCAACGGAACCAUUUUCAGGCCCCAGAACCCCGGCUGCAUUUGCAGCGAGGAGCGCACGGCCGUCCCCUGUGCCGCGGGGGGCCCCGUGGACGUCGUCACCAGCCCCCCGCGUUCCUUACCCAGGACUACAGGGGCUGAGAGGGACGGGGUGCCUGGCGACCGAGACAGCUGCGUGCCAGUCUUUCAGGUCAGGCCCAGCGUGCCCCCAACCCCCAUUGCCCGUGCCCCACGGACAGAGGGUCCUGUCAUCCGCAUUGACUUGCCUCGGAAGAAGUAUCCUGCCUGGGAUGCCCAUUUCAUCGACAGGCGCCUCCGUAAGACCAUCCUGGCGCUGGAGUACACCUCUCCGGCAACGCCGCGCCUGCAGUACCGCAGUGUCGAGGCCUCUCAGGAGCUGCUGGAAUACGAGACCACGGUGUGACGUGGCCAGGAGCUCUGGAACCCCUGAAUAUGGGGCUGCAGGGGCCUUUCCCGAGGCAGAGGGCUAUGCCGGACCCCCUGAGUCACCAGGGCGAGCCGGUCUUGCGUUCCCUUCCUGUUGUCUCCGGGGUGAGGUGCUAAAGGUCUGGAAAGCAGCGGGGCCCUCUGGUCUCAUGUUAACAAGUUUGGUUCACUCGUCCACCUUCCCACAGCACUGACAACUCCCACUCUCUGUUGACCUGGGCCCUCUUGCGUGUGUGUGUGUGUAUGUGUGUGUGCGUGGAUGGGGAUGGGGAUGGGGAGGACAGCUAGCCAGACCAUCUGGUGCUAUUUACUCUCUGGGAGCUCACCGUACAGGCUAUGCCGAGCUACAGUUCGCCACCCACUCGCCCCGGGCAGGCCAUACCAUAUCUGCUCCCCCCGGAAUGUGCAUCUCUGACAGGCUCUAGGGAAUACCCCUACCCCAUCCUCCUGCCGGCAAAAAGGAGGCCGCGUCCUCCCCAAAAUACCUCACCUGUUAACCUGAGCCAAGACAGUCAAGGCUAUUGAAGACCAAGGAUACUGUUACGUCUGGUUACUGGGGAAAGGGCUGGUCGUAGUCUGGGUGGGGAGGUCACAGAAUCUAUGUGGGGCCGGCUACAAGGUUCAUUGCAGUGCCACGUGGUCCCCAGGGGAGUGGCCGUAGGGCCAGAAGUUGGCCUUUCUGGGCUGUGACCUCAUGCCCGUCACUGUGGGAUCAGGAGUCAUUGGUCUCGGGCACCCGAUUGAAGGUUUAUGAAGGCUCGCUGGGAGAAAGGAGCAUGCAACGACUAAUUUUCCAAACUAAAGAAAGGGCUCUGCUCGGCCAAGUUUGAAGACCUCCUAUCCUAAACAACCACUUCUGGGCCUCCUUUGUUGGCGGAACCCUUCUUAGAUUUGGUUGAAUAAUAGAACGCCAGCUCACAUUUAGCAUUCUCAGAUCGCCGUGGCCUCCCAUUCUUCCACCCAACAUUUUCUGAAUUCAAAUAGAGAGGGGCAUCGAGGAGGGUCGCCAACUCAGGUCGGGUCUGGAGUUCUCCUAGAACAGAGGUGUCCGACUCUGGUGUUUCAGAUGUUCGUGGACUACAGUUCCCAUCAGCCCCUGCUGGCAUGACCAGUUGGGAAUGCAGUCCACGAACAUCUGAAACGGCAGAGUUGGACACCCCUGUUCUAGAAUUACACCUGAUCUCCGGCCAACAGGGGGUCAAUUUCCCUCCUAGAAGUGGCCACGUUGGAGCGUGGAUUCUGUGGCAUCCCAACCCUCCCCAAACUCUGCCCUUUCCUGACUCCAAAUGUCCAGGAAUUUCCCCACCCGGUGUUGGCAACCUAGCGUCAAAGCCCAGCUAUGAGGUACUACAUGGGAAAGAGAAAGGCGGGGUAUCAAUCCAGACUCUUCUUGUUCUAGAAAUUGGGCUUGGACAGGCAGUGAAGAGAUGACCGAUUUUGAUAAGAGCAGUUUCGGUGGCACAUGGAAGGCUGAAUCUGUAUUGCAAAGAACUAAAGAGGACGAGAAGUCUGUAGAUGUCAGUAGAACACUCCAGGGCAUUUGGAGGCAAGAGGUCAAAAGAUCAGACAGCGGGUGGGAGAG